ACUUUGGUAUUUGGGCUGCAGACUGUCUACAUCUCAGUGAGGGGGGAGAGAUUAGCACAGCAAAGUUAUGGGAGGAUUGUUUUCAAGAGCUCCUCCAGUAAAAUUGCUUGAUGCACCAUGGAGGAAGCACUUUAACUGGGGAAAUAAAGAGGACGAUCUACAGUAUGUGAACAGCUACAAGCCUCAGACUAAAGAACAGCAGCUCAGGAUUCUUCUACAAGGCCCAGUUGGAGCUGGAAAGUCCAGUUUCAUCAACUCUGUUAAAAGUGUCCUACAGAACAGAGCAUGCAGACAGGUCUCCUGUCCGAAGCACCUCCCAUUCAUCUUGCACAAAAAAGCUUUAGGGGAGUAUAAAGCCUUCAAGAUCCAAAAGGGAGACUCAAACUGCUAUUACCCUUUUGUCUUGAAUGACAUGGCGGGACUGAACGCCAGCAGCAGAAAAAUCAGACAGUUGCAUGUGAAGGACGUCAAACGGGCCCUGAAGGGACACAUCAAAGAAGGUUACAGGUUCAAUCCUGAACGUAAACUGUCCAAAGAUGACCCACACUACAACAGCAGUCCUUCAGACAGCGACAAAGUGCACAUUCUGGUUUUUGUCGUUGAUGCCAGCACUAUACCUAACAUGAAGCAAGAGGACAUGGAGGUAAUCGAGGACAUCAGAGAUGAAGCAGAUGAAAUGGAGGUCCCACAAAUAGUCCUUUUCACCAAAGUUGAUGAGGCCUGUCCGAAGAUCAGCAGAGAUAUCAGGAACGUCUACAAAGCGUAUCUCUAA